UCUUUCUCGUCAAGGUUUUUCAUUUUCUUCUCUGUUUUGGCAAAAAAAGUGUGAUCACAGAGAUGGACUUUGACGAGGAGCUGAAUCUUUGUAUCACCAAAGGUAAGAAUACCGAUCCUUAUUUUGGGGAAGCCUCUUCGUCCCCAAGAUCUAUCAAGAAGAUGAGAGAUACUGAUCAUCGACCUAAACCCUAUUUUCCUUUUACUCUCGAUCCGACCAUUCAAAAUCAACAACAGCAGCACUUCGGAUACGUUCAACAACACGACCAGACAAUGCAAGGCCAGAAUCAAGUGAUCUCGUUUAGUCCUCAACAGCCGCAGCAGCAGUAUUGGAGCGGCACAUUGAAUCUGAGCCAAGAAAGUGUUCAGCCGUACAGCGCAACAAAGCUGUACAGAGGAGUAAGACAACGUCAGUGGGGAAAAUGGGUCGCAGAGAUACGCAAGCCACGGAGCAGAGCGCGUCUCUGGCUUGGUACCUUUGAUACAGCUGAAGAAGCUGCCAUGGCUUAUGACCGUCAAGCUUUUAUAUUGAGGGGUCAUAGUGCCACACUUAAUUUUCCAGAGCAUUAUGUUAAUAAGGAAAUUGAGCCGCUUGAUGAAACUGAUGCCUCAAGCUCGUUGGAUCAGAAACAAUCCGAGGCGCCGCAGCCAUACGAGGUUAACUUGGAGAGCAAGGAAGAAGCAGUGAGUGAUGGUGUUGUGGAGGAUGGGAUGGCUGAGGCAUGGUUGAAUGCUGUUACAGCGGGAUGGGGUCCUGAAAGUCCUCUUUGGGAUGAUUUGGACAGUUCUCAUUUUCCACAAUGCUCGUCUACUUCCUCUGCUUCUUGUCCCAUGAGACCUUACUUUUGAAUAAGGUCAUAGAGGGGUCACGUUUUAGGUUUUAGAUUAGGGUUUCGCUCAUUGGCAUUUGGAUGGAGACAGUUUUUGUGAUCUCCCACUCCACACAUCAGACUAUUUAUAUCUACCGGACAUGAUUCCCCCUAAAUUUCCAUUAGUAUAUUGUUAUCAUUUUUUAUGUGUGUGUGUUGCUGAUUUAUAGAUGUCCUAUUUGAUCAUCAAGUUUGUUUUAUGGCAUCAUACAAUUUUAUUUCUCUGCACUUCAACAAGUUAGCACCA